AUGGACCUCCUGCUGCCCCAACUUGCUGCCUGGGCAAGGAUGCCCCGCCCCCAGAGGAGGACGCCUGCCGCACCAAGAGACCCGGACCAGCCAGGGCCUUCCCGGACGGCCCUACACCACCGCCGCCUACCGGGCGGGCUCGGCGACGACCAGCACCUGCAGCGGCGGGUUCCCCAACGCUCCCCGCGCCCCGACGCCUUCGGCCGGGGACCCCCGCCUCCACCGUGGCCUCGGACGGGACCUCGGCGCCGUCUUCUGCCUCGUCGUCCGCGUCGCAGCCGGGCCCUUCACCUCGGCCACUCCAAAGGCGACCGGCGCCUUCCCCGGUGGACUCCCCGCUACCGCCGCCACCUCGACGCACCCGGGUUCCGCGGAUUCGGAAGGGUCCUCUCGACCAGCCCCUUCACCCUAGCAGCCCGAGGUCGAGCCCCGUCCUCCGGUCCUGGACGGGGAUGCGCCGUGGUCUACACGACCACGUCGUGGAGUCUCCGCGUCCGCUACCUGAAGCGGCACUUGGAAGGCGCCCACGGCGUCGCAGUCCAGCAAAGAGUCACCGCCUGUGCCGGCUGUGCCGCACCUUUGCCGUUCCGGCUACCGCACCUCCUCGACGCCCAUCUGCGGUGGCACGAUCUCCACGACGUGGCUGAUCCAGUGGCCAGGGUCCCGCUGCCCCGUCUCCGGUCUUGGUCGCCGGCCCCCUACCCCAUCCGGGGUGCUCUCUCCCGACACACCGGCGUCGCCCACGCCCUCCCUGCCGGUCCUUCCUCGGUCACCAUCGCCGCAAGUCCCAUCGGCGGCCUCUUCGCUCGUCGCGGCCCACCUACUCUCACAUCGUCCACACCUGGCGAGGCACCAGCCCCGCGCGCUGGGUCACCCCCCACACCACCACUUGCAUCCCCCGGGGCCGCCUCGACCGCAUCACGGUCAUCCUUGCCCUCACCGACUCCUCCGGAGCCGGCGGCGCCUGACGACCCCGGGCCGGAUGCCCCCGUGGACGACCCGGCCAUGGACCUUCCCCCGGACCACACCCGCCUGUUCGCGGAACAGGUCCGCGUCCUUCGGGCCACCCUUCGCGACGGGCCCACUGCGGAGUCUUGGGAGGCCUGCGAGGAAGGCUGGAAUUAG